AUGACUGUUGCUAACAACAUUAAGAAUACUAUUCCACAAACAGAAAGUGCCAGGGAAUACCUAAAGUUUGUGGGAGAACGUUUUCGUUAUGCUGAUAAGUCUCUCGCUGGUACACUAAUGGCUGAACUCACGACCAUGAAGUUUGAUGGGUCGCGUAGUAUGCAAAAUCAUAUCAUCGAGAUGACUAACAUUGCAGCAAGACUUUCGACCUUAGAGAUUAAAGUGGAUGACACCUUCUUGGUUCAGUUUAUUCUGAACUCAUUGCCUCUUGAGUAUGGACCAUUCCAAAUUAACUAUAACACUAUUAAGGAUAAGUGGGAUGUUACUGAAUUGUCCAAUAUGCUUACUCAAGAGGAGUCAAGACUUAAGAAACAAUGA